CGUGCUUCGGAGGAACGAACCGUGAUCCACUUUUGGUAUACCGCUUGGCCCGACCAUUCAUCUCCGGACACCACACCUACCUCUGCGAAUCAUCUGCUCCAGCUUGUUGAGGCUGCUGAGUCCUGUCGCGAGGGUUCCAUCUGCACGUCGCUCGGAUCUUCUGUCUUAAAACUAAACGCACCACAACGAUUGGACGCGAAAACACUCAUUUUAGCUCCCCCGACCCUUGAGAUUCCAACAGCGAACACCGAGGUACAAGAACUACCUCAUCCUCCGCACGUGGCAUCAGUGGACCCAACUGGCCCGCUGGUAGUUCAUUGCAGCGCUGGUUUGGGGCGCACUGGCUGUUUCAUCGCUUUGUGCAUUGGCUGCGCUCAACUCCGAAAUGAAGGUAUCGUAGAUGUGUUGCGUAUAGUCAGUCGGUUGCGUCUUGAAAGAGGUGGUAUGGUACAAACCAAUGAGCAGUACGAGUUCAUUCACCACGCUUUGGCAGCUUAUCAGUCUUUUCGACGUCAUACAUCACUCAACACAGAUACUUUGCGUUAG